ACCAUCGAAACGGCGGCUAGGACGAUGGGCAAGGAUUGCUCCAAAGGGAUCUUUAGCGCCACCUGCUUAAAGAUAGAAGCUAUAACGCUGCUCGAGAAGCUGAAUUCCAAGGACGAGAUCAAGCUACUACCAGGAAUAAGCGUGGUGAAGGAAGGCAACGACUCAAAGUCAGAGGAAUUCGCGGCAGAAUUAGCCAGGUCUUUACCGGCUAAGCCUGAUGAACGGUUGGAUAAGUACCUGCUUUACCAGCUCGGAAACUACCUGGAUAGCCACUCAGUGAGGUUUAAGUUGGCUGAAGAGGCUACUGAGGAAGCCAAGGAUCUGGUCUCGGAGGCUAGAUCUAAGAAGCUGGGAGGGAAGAAGGGAGGUUUGGGAGGAUUAGUGGCCGCGGCUGUAUUGAUGAAAGGUACCCUCAUGUCGAUGGGUAUCGGCGCACUCGCUCUCCUGGCCGGGAAAGCUCUCAUGACAGCUCUCAUGUCUCUCCUACUCUCCGCCAUUAUCGGCAUCAAAUCUCUCUCCGCGGGAGGGAAGAGUACUACUUACGAGAUCGUCUCCAAGCCCGUGUAUAGUCACUCACAUUCCCAUUCUACUGCUCAUGAAGAUGUGGGGGGUUAUGGACAUUCGGGCUACGGGAGGAAUUUGAAGGAGAGACGCUAG